CAUAAACCCCGCGGCACUUUUUUCUAUUGAAUGCGCCUUUGGGUCUCCACUUCAGGCUGAUUCAGGGCACCUCGUGGGGUUUAAAGUGAACCGCUUCAUUAUUAACUGAGUGUAAACAGACUUUUUUCGCUCCUCUUUAACUUGGAAACUCGUACAGCAAACAUCUCAAACCGUUACACUCAGUUGCAUAAAAGAGGCAACCCCGUGUCUUGAGGAAAGCAAAGUUGUAUGCGCUUAAAGCAACUUUCUAUGAGUGUUGCAGGGAAACAUAGGACAGCUUUAUAACGGACAUUAAGGUCUCCAUUCAUCCUCAAGAGUCUCUCUGUGUUUUGGAGCACCUGCGAACAUGACCAGACGCUCCUGCACGCUUUAUGCGGUCGGGGUGAUAUGCAGCACCCUGCUGGUGGUCGGGAUUGGUUUAGUAGUGAGCCAAGUUUUCCGCACCUUCAUGCACAACCGCCUCAAAAAGGAGAUUGUUUUGGUAGAGGGAAGCCGUGUGUUUGAGUCAUGGAAAUCCCCUCCCCCACCUGUCUACAUGGAGUACUUUUUCUUCAAUAUGACCAAUGUGAACGAGUUCCUCGUAAGUGGGGCCAAGCCAGUGGUCAAGCAGAUUGGACCCUACACAUACAGGGAGUACAGGUCUAAGGACAACGUCAGCAUGGUGGAAAAUGGUGAGAAGGUGUCCGCAUACAACACCAAGACCUUUGUGUUCUUGAGGGAGAAGUCUGUGGGCGACCCAACUGUGGAUAACAUCACCACUGUCAACAUCCCUGCUUGGGCUGUGAUGAACGAGUUGAAAGGGAGUUUCUGGAAAGCAUCGGUGGCGUCCGUCAUGAUGAACUCUGUGGGGAGUGAUCUGUUCACCACUCGCACUGUAGAUGAAUUGCUGUGGGGUUAUGAGGAUCCCUUGCUGACCGGCAUCGCUUCCCUCAAAACUGUGGAGAAGGUCUUUGGCCUCAUGUACAAGAAAAAUGGAACUAACAACGGGGAAUUUGUAUACCACACUGGGGAGCAGAACUACAUGGAUUAUGGCCACGUUGAAACAUGGAAAGGCCAAAGACAGCUGGACUUCUGGACGUCUAACCAAAGCAACAGCAUCAAUGGAUCCGAUGGAAGUGCUUUCCACCCCUUUCUGGAUAAAAAUGAACGCAUUUACAUCUUCUCUCCAGACCUCUGCAGGUCGAUCCACAUGGAGUUUGAGAAAGAUGUGGAGGUGAAAGGAAUCCCGGCGUACCGCUUCACUCCACCACGCUCUGUUUUGGCCAGCAAAGAGGAGAACCCCGCCAACGAGGGUUUCUGCGUCACCCCAAAGGAGUGCCUGGGAACCGGCCUCCUUAAAGUCAGUCCCUGUCGGAAAGGCGCCCCAGUAGUCGCAUCCUUUCCUCAUUUUUACCUGGGAGAGGAGAAAUACGUGGCUGCCAUUGAAGGAAUGUCUCCUAAAAGAGAGCAUCACCAAACGUACCUAGACCUCAACCCGACCACUGGAGUGAUUGUACGUGCAAACAAGAGGGCGCAGAUUAACAUCCUGCUUAACAGAAUGCCUGGAUUCCCAAAAACUAGAAACCUGAAUGAGAUAAUAUUCCCCGUCAUGUUCAUCAAUGAGACUGUGGUGAUUGAUGAUGCGUCUGCGGCCCGAGUACACAAGCUGCUGCUGAUCGUCACUCUGGUGUCCAACUUCCCGCUCCUCAUCGUGGGACUGGGGGCCAUCAUGCUCGCAAUCUUCAUCAUCCUCCUGUACAGAGCCCACAAACAGAAGAAUGAAGUAAAGCGCACUGUGUUUACCAAGCCGCUCUAUGCUACAUCCAAUGAAGAGGACACUUCUUACUCUGCAGUGAGUGAUAAGGAAAAAGAGGACCCUCAAAAUGGAACAUAUAUCGGUUUGACGGCUAAAAGCGAACCACAAGAGUAAGAAGAGAGGGAAAGGUGGUUUUGUACAUGGACAACCCUCAGAAUCACAAAUAGGGAUUCAGUUUGCAGGAGAGAGAGAAAACUGUCAAUAUCUCCUCUAUGAUUGGAAAUAUGUAAAGGGUGUAGAGGAGGGGAACAUGUUUUAGUCUCAACCAUUCUGUACUAUAUGUACAUAAUUGUAAUGUCCAGGCCACGGUAUUUCCAGAAAAAGCUUGACAUUCAUACAAAAACACUGUGAGUCAGGAGCCAAAUAUUGCUGUUUGAAUCAGUUUGCUGAAAGCUGCAGUUCUUAUAUAAGUAGAGUUAGAGAGAGCUUUUUGUGGUGGUCCUAAACAAAGAAAACACACCCCUUUAUACCUCAAAGGUGGGAUGAAUUUAAUUGUAAUGACUGAACUUAUUCUGUUUGCCUGGAUCAGUGGUUCUCAACCUGGGUGUCGCAGGAUCCUUUCUGGGUUUUAAGAUGGUUGUGAUAAUUGUGACUUGAAAAGGUUGAGAAACACUGGCCUAUAUCAGAUGUAGGUGACUGACAACUGUGUAAUACGGCACACAUGAGGAUUUGGGACCAGGGUAAUGAAGUCUGUAAACUGUGAUUUUUUUCUUUUUGAAUAGAUAUUAAACGCCACUCUCAGGGGGCCUCUGCUCAGAUACUAUCAAAAAAUACUAUCAUAAAGAAGGGUAGAGAAGCAAUACAUCAUCUCAAUUUGAUUAAAUUCAGUGUAACUAUUGUUAAUUUGCAUUUGAUCCUAACUAGAUGUUACAAAACAUGUUCAUGGCUCAUUAUUGUUUCCCAGUUAUGCACUGAGGGGGAUCUGUGAACAUCAUUAGCACCACACCUGAGAAACUCUCAGAGUAUGUUCUUUUAUAUAUACAGUGUAAGGUGUGUUGAACUGUUCACAUUCCUCUCAGUGUAUAAUGGGGAAUAUCAGACAAAACACUGUAUGUUUUGGAUGUUUUAGCUUUUGUGAAAUAUGAAGUUCUCUUUUUGUAAAUGUUAAUGUAGAAAUGUCUCAAUGAAGUAAGAGCUUCACAGUUAUCUUCUAGUGCCAUAAUGAGCAACACUUUUAUCAGCCAUUUAAAGCCCUGAAUAUGACAUGUUUUUAUUGUAAAAACAAUGAUUCAUAAUGUACUGAAUGUGUGUGUUAACGUAUCUAUUGCCCUGUUUGACUGCUUACAUUAACUCACCGCCAUAUCAAAAUAUGAUUCAGCUUAUUAUUAGUUCAAAAUGUGUUUUUUUUAUGCUUUUGCUGAAGGCCUUAAUAGCAUUGUUGGUGCUCAAUAUAACACCCAACAACAUUUUCUUUAUAAUGUUUGUGAAAGACUUCAUGUCAGGGCAGGGUCUAGCUAUCUACUAAACCCUCAUGAAGGCUCAAUAUAUGAAGGAACAAUGCAGUUCUGCCUUUCAAGAUUUGUAACUGAAUUGAUUUGGCCCUUUUAUAGUUUUUACAUAUCAGAAGAACGCCAUGUCACACCAUCAAAUCUCAUGAAACUGAGAAAUGUUGCAUUUAUUGUCUUGUUUUGCCGGCAGGGUCAAACUGCACUUAAUCACUCACGGCUGGUCAACACAUUGUAUGUGCCAUUAAAUGCAGUAUAGAAAUACUGCAGAAUUACUACAUUUAAACUCUGUUGAGCCCAAACUUUUUCCCUGCUUUUAUUUUUAGUGAUAUCAUUUUAGGCAUUAAUGAGUUACUUCAUACUGUCUCCUCUUACAUGCACUGUAAUAGAAAAGCAAUACAUAUAUCAGAGAUUAGCAAAGAAGAUGUAACAAGUUUAAUUCAAGCUUUGAUUUUUCUUUUUGUGGUGGUGUAUAUUUUAAUCAGUUAUGUACAAUAAAAAACAAUAAGGAAAAUAAAAUACUUUCUUUUGUCAAAUGUACUAUCAAACAUGUAUGAGAGGGGGGGAAUAAAUGGAUGAAACUAUAUUUUUGCAAAAAGUACAGUAUUACACAGUAUUAGUGUUGUGGUGAAUAAGAUAAAUGAUUUUUGUUGCAUUGGUAAACCAAACCAAAACCUAGAAAGCACCAUAUGGACUGUAAACUGGGCUACUUUUUGCCAUGCUUUUAUAACAGAUUUUAUUUUCUGUAAUUAUAGUUACUGCUAUAACCACUAAGAAUUCUAAUUGUCAGGUUGUUUUGAAACGCUGACUGUUAAUGCUGUUUUUACUGUGUACACAAAAAUAAAAGCAGUUUCAGUAAA